CAAAUCCGAACCACUCGCUGCUGCUGCUUCUCCGAGAAAGCAAUGGGGACUAAUUUCCUCCAACCCCUCGUUUCAAAAUCUCCACUAUCGGCCACCCUCAUCUUCGCCAAACCCUAUGUAAAACACAGCCGAAUCUUCCUACCUCGCCACCAACGAUCCCUCAGAGCAACUCCGGCCCACAGCACCAAAACCAGCAGCAGCGAUAACAAUAGUACAAGCGGGGACAGCGCAAAGCCACCGGCUACAACACCGCCGAAUGCCGUGGAAAUCAGGUUCAGACGAAGGUCGAAGAGACGGUCAAGACAACAGAGUGAGGAUAGUGUUGGCGGCAAUGGGCGACCCGUGAAAGCGCAGGCUUCAGCUUCAGCACCAGAGCCUCCGAAGAAGUGGGAGGACAUGAGCUUUGCAGAGAAGGCAAUAGAGCUGUAUGUGGGGGAAAAGGGUGCGUUGUUUUGGCUAAACAAGUUUGCAUACGCUUCCAUCUUCAUCGUCAUUGGGGGUUGGAUACUGUUCCGGUUUGUGGGUCCUUCCCUCAAUCUAUACCAGCUUGAUUCUGCUCCCCUGCCCCCUACUUCACUGUUCAAGGGUUCCUGAUCACUCAUAAUUGAAGAAGAAUGGCAGAGACUAUGAUCUUUAACUAGACAGAGAAGGCUUUUGGUUUUUUUUUUUUUUUUUUUUUUCCCUCCCUCAAUAGAAAAUUUGUAGCGCUUAAUAAUGACGUGGAAGUUGCAAUUCUA